AUGGACCCGUCUCGCGAAGAUGUUUACGAGGCUGCUCAAGUCCUUCAAGAAAACCUUGACAAAAUUGGUUGUACAUUUUCUUUCAUGGGAGGGCUUGGACUACUCCUCCACGGCUUAAAGGUAGACCGUGACAUCAAGGACAUUCAAGUCGUAUUUGAGGAAUAUACGGUGCUUGACGAUGUUUUCGCAGAGCUGAAAGCAGAAGCAGACGACCGACUUGUUUUCAGCGCACCGCAAGAUGUCUACACGUGGAUGAUCACUAUACGCCCAUAUGGAGACGAGAGCGAUAUUAUUGUUGACGCACAUGUCACUCUUACAGGUCGCAAGGGGAUAGAGGGAGGGAUAGGGGUACUCGAGCUGUCCGUUUCAGGAGAAAUUACUUAUGAAGACGACAAAGGCAAACAGAUUAGCUUGACAGGUAAUGUCCUUAACAUUGAGCCUAUGGUUAGGACGCUGUUGUGGUCGUGGGAUCAAGAGGAUGAUGUUACUCAUCGACAAGCCUUCAUGGAUCUCCACCUUCUUAUGCGACACGAAGACUAUAGCGAAGUGAUCCGGAAGGUCCCUAACGACAUGAACUUGGUUCCGAGGUGGAAUUUUGUCAGAGAGGUGUAUGACAGAAAAGACCGGAGCUGGAAGGACUUCGGGGAGUUGUUUAACGUCAACCCAAAAUCAGAACCACCAUCAGACGAGUCAUCCGGACAGGAAGCCGUAUUCUCGGAGGGUGAGGAACAUGGUUCCCUGGAUGGAACUGUCUAA